AUGCGGCACGUGGUGGAGCCACAGGUGGUAUCGGUCUCUGCUUCUGUCACUGUUGUGGUGUGGGCUCCUUCAAUAAAAGACCGUUUUCUUUCUCCUGCAGGUGAGGAGGGCUUAAUCCUGUUAGAAGCUGGAAAACAUGAAUUCCCUUUCAGCUUUCAACUCCCCCAGCAACCCCUGGCAACCUCUUUCACGGGGAAGUACGGCAGCAUCCAGUACUGUGUGAGAGCGACCCUGGAAAGGCCCGUGGCUCCCAGCCAGACUGUAAAGAGAGAGUUCCAGGUUAUCAACCACAUUGAUGUCAAUUCACCAGCUUUACUGACCCCUGUAAUACGAAACCAGGAGAAGAUGGUCGGCUGCUGGUUUUUCACUUCUGGCCCGGUCUCUCUGAGUGCCAAAAUCGAGAGGAAGGGAUACUGCAAUGGUGAAGCAAUACCAAUCUAUGCCGAGAUUGAGAACUGUUCCUCCCGCUUAAUUGUUCCAAAAGCUGCCAUUUUCCAAACACAGACUUACCUGGCGAGCGGCAAAACAAAGACUUUCCGUCAGAUGGUUGCCAAUGUGCGAGGAAAUCAUGUUGCCUCCGGGAGCACAGAUACCUGGAAUGGGAAAACACUGAAGAUUCCACCUGUCACCCCUUCUAUCCUCGACUGCUGUAUUAUCAGAGUUGAAUAUUCCUUAGCUGUGUACAUUCAUAUUCCUGGUGCUAAGAAAUUGAUGCUUGAGCUGCCACUGGUGAUUGGCACAAUUCCAUGCACGGCAUUUUCCAGCAGAAACUCCAGCCUCGCCAGCCAGUUCAGAAUGGACAUGAGCUGGCUGGCACUGAGUAUGCCUGAACAUCCAGAAGCACCACCCAAUUACGCUGAUGUUGUAUCAGAGGAAGAGUUCUCAAGGCAUGUCCCUGCUUACCCUCAGCCAAUGGACUGUGAAGAACAGCUGUGUUGUCCAGUGUUUGCCUACAUACAGGAGUUUCGGUUUCAGCCCCCUCCUCUAUAUUCAGAGGUGGACCCACAUCCUGUAGAAGUAGAAGACCGACAACCAGUUUCAUUCGUGAUUUAAUGAGAAUUUGAGGAAAGUGGCAUCUUAAUUCAGGGGGAAUGUCUUAAUUUUUUUUUUCCCUACUGCCUCUGCUUGUAGCACAACUUUUUCAAAUUAUUUUAAAAACCCAUUUUCAUUCUUAGAAACAGGCAGGAGUCAAGGACACUGAACUCUUUUAAGUCAGAAUGCAUCGUGCCUCUUUUCCAGGAGAGAAGAGAUGAAUGAGAACGUUGUGGACUAGUUGUUAGGAGAAGCAACUGUGGUCAGAUUGCUAGAUAACAUGGACGUCAUCACUACCUGUGAUAAUCUGAACAGGCCUGAGAAGAAAGAAGGUCUAUACAGUGGUGCAAACAAUACACCAAAGAAGCUAAGGAGCGACCUCUUGGAUUUCUGACUUAAUUCAGCAUCAAAGAUAAGCUUUUGGUUUUGUUUUUUCAAAAAAAACCCCACACAAACUUUGACCAUCCAGCAUCCAUCAAGUGGUACUACUUAAAUUCACACUGAUUUUGAGGGACUGUAGAUAUUCCACAUAACAUUAUGAAGGCACAAGCUUUUUACAUACAAAUGCCUGAACGUUCGCUUCUGUGAUAAAGCUGGUUUUUUUGCAGAUGCUGUGCACUUUUUCCCCAAAAAGGGAAUUGGAUUAUUUUUUCUACUACUUUGCAGGCAUUUUCACACACACACACAUACAUCUUCAGCUAUGGGACUUGAUUCAGCAGGGCAGGCAAACGUUCCACCUUGCACUUGACACGAUUUUGAUCCACUGCCACUAAAAGUGCUUAGUCCAGUAUCUGCUUGGUUGAACUUGGCCAGAGCGCUUAGCACUUGGGAAGAGUGUGUUUAUUGAUCUCUUGUUGCCAGCAAUGGAUCUGUGUCUAAAAGCCUUUUUAAAAGCCUACCUCUCUUUAGAAAUGGAAUUGGAAACCAAGAAAUAUAAUUCUCCAGACUUGGAUUUGUCUCUGUUCAGUUCCUCAGAGUAAUCAAUACAAAAGGUAAAGGGAAGAAUUGUAAAUAUACCCAGCUUGGCUGCAGGCUUGCAUUUAAAGAUCUGGGGCUUGGGUGGAGAGAAUAUACUUUGAUGAAUCAUAAUUUGUCAGGGAGACUUCUCUAUAAAGGCAAAAGACUGUUGUGCUCUCUGGAGCAGUCUGAUUUAUCAGGGCAUUUGCCAUCUCUUCUUUUCAGAAGUGAGCAAAGUCUUAUUUUGGUGCAAUACACUUUAUUUUUGUUCCUCCAUUAACAUGGCUGGACUUUGCUGCUAAAGGCAAAGGCAUGGCAACUUGGGGGUGCUUCAUUCAUCUCAGAAAAAUGCUGUAACACAACUUCUUUUCAAGCAGUUUCGCAGGUUUGAGAAAUCUGAGUUGAUAGUGCAACAGUUAACUCCCAGUCUAACCCCAAGACAAACGUUAAUUCUGCCUAGGGUUGCACUGUAAUUGUAUGAGCUUGAACCUGCAUAGAAGUAUGCGGGGGGGGUGGUGUUGAUCUGAGAUUGGCAAAGCGUCCUUUGCUUACACUGGGCACGCACACACUUCACACAGUCCUUGUCCCCACCCUUCUGGGAGAUAAAAAGAAUGUUUCUCCUAAGAUGGCAACUGCCAUCUAUGCUUUGUAUAAGUGCGCGCGCACACACACACACACAUAUAUAUAUAUAUGUUUCCAAUUAGCCCUAUAAAUUUGGGGCACGGAUAUGAAUCAGGUUUGUUUUGUUUGUUUUGCCAUCAUGGCUGAUUUAUGGUGGCCUCAUGGAGU